AUGGCGACUUGGGGGGCCCCUGAGGGUGACGGGGCGGGGGUCAGGGGAAGACAGCUCCCGAGCAGAGGCCUCUGCACCCGUGAGGUCUCGUUCCGACCUGCGGCCCGGGGCUUGCCAGCUGAGCCCGUGCGAGCCACCUCUUUCUGUUCUCUCCUUUCUUGUCCUCUCUUGUAUUUCCUUGUAGAGGACCACCCCACGGGCGGCCACAACGCCCGGCUGGCGCAGGCUGCGGAGAAGGAUGGCCCCGAGGAGGAGGAGUACGACAACUACGACGAGCUGGUGGCCAAGUCACUGCUGAACCUCGGCAAGAUCGCCGAGGACGCGGCCUUCCGGGCCAGGACCGAGUCAGAGAUGAACAGCAACACGUCCCACAGCCUGGGGGCCGACAGCGACCGGAGCGAGCCCCUGGGCCGCAAGGCUGAGCUGAGCCUCGACCUGGACAGCGACGUGGUGCGGGAGACCGUGGACUCGCUGAAGCUGCUGGCACAGGGCCACGGCGUGGUGCUGUCGGAGGGCGCGGGCGAGCGCGGCUAUGCCGACCCCCUGGCCCAGCAGGAUGGCCGGGGCCUGGGCUACGUGGUGCUGGGCAAGCCGGGCAACAACGGGCUGGUGGAGAAGGCAGUGGAGGAGAGCGACGAGGAGGUCUGCCUGAGCAGCCUCGAGUGCCUGCGCAACCAGUGCUUCGACCUGGCCCGCAAGCUGAGCGAGAGCAGCCCGCAGGAGCGGGGGCCGCCGCAGGGCCCGGGGCUGCGCCCCCACGGCCGGCCCGAGGAUGAGGGCGCCGGCCGCACGCCCGACCGCAGCUACUCCGACAUGGUGAACCUGAUGAGGCUGGAGGAGCAGCUGAGCCCCCGGGCGCGGACGUUCCCCAGCUGCGCCAAGGAGGACGGCUUCCCGGACCGGGACGACGACACCGCCUCUGUGGCCUCGGACCGGUCCGAGGAAGUGUUCGACAUGACCAAGGGCAACCUGACGCUCCUGGAGAAGGCCAUCGCCCUGGAGACGGAGCGCGCCAAGGCCAUGCGGGAGAAGAUGGCGCUGGAGGCGGGCAGGCGCGACCCGGCGCGGGCCUACGAGGAGCCGUCCCCGCGCGCACUGCCCGGGGAGGACAGGAAGCCCAAGCCCGGCGACGGCCACGGCAAGAAGCCGUACUACGGCGCAGUUCUCGCCAUGCACGAAAACGUCCUCAAGUGUCCCACCCCCGGCUGCACAGGGCGCGGGCACGUCAACAGCAACAGGAACUCUCACCGCAGCCUGUCGGGGUGUCCCAUCGCCGCGGCUGAGAAACUGGCAAAGGCCCAGGAGAAGCACCAGAGCUGCGACCUGCCCAAGUCCCAGCAGGCCUCAGACCGCGUGCUCAGGCCGAUGUGCUUUGUGAAGCAGCUCGAGAUCCCGCACUACGGCUACAGAAACAGCGUGCCCACCGCCACGCCCCGCUCCAACCUGGCCAAGGAGCUGGAGAAAUACUCCAAGACCUCGUUCGAGUACGGCGGCUUCGAGAGCCACACGUACGGCAAGCGGGCCAUAGCCCCCAAGGUGCAGAGCAGGGACAUAGCCCCCAAAGGAUACGAUGGUAGGAGGUGCACACUCUUCUGCGUGCCACGCUCGUCUGCCGUGAAUGCUCGUGUCUUGUGUCGGGCCAGGUACCCCCUGAGCAGAGUUCGGACCCGUGACUCAGUUGGGGGCUUUGCCGGCCAGGUGGAUGAGAACGGGACCCUGGACCUGAGCAUGAACAAGCAGCGGCCGCGCGAGGGCUGCUGCCCUGUGCUGACGCCCCUGGAGCCCAUGUCGCCCCAGCAGCAGGCGGCCAUGAACAGCCGCUGCUUCCAGCUGAGCGAGGGGGACUGCUGGGACCUGCCCGUGGACUACACCAAGAUGAAGCCCCGGCGCGUGGACGAGGACGACGCCAAGGAGAUGGCCCCAGAAGACCUGGACCCUUUCCAGGAAGCUCUGGAAGAAAGACGGUACCCCGGGGAGGUGACCAUCCCGAGCCCCAAGCCCAAGUACCCGCAGUGCAAGGAGGGCAAGAAGGACCUGAUCACACCCCCAGCUCCAGCUGAGCAGCUGGGGUGGGAGACAGGGUCGGGGGGCGGGGCUCAGGGCACGCCUUCCUGCUGCGAGGUGCCACUGUGGGGGGCACUGAGGGGAGACACACAGUCGUCUAAGUCAGGCGGUGGCCCCUGCCGCUGGCCCGCAAGUGCAGACGCGCAGAGCAGCGCUGUGGGGGCCGCGGCUGACGAGCCUCUGUCCACAGGCAUCGAGAACGACGAGGAGAUCAAGCAGCUGGACGAGGAGAUCAAGGAGCUGAACGAGUCCAACUCCCAGAUGGAAGCGGACAUGAUCAAGCUCCGGACCCAGGUAGCGGCCGCCCCGCCCGCGCCCUCCCUCGCCGCCCUGUUCUCUGCGGGUCCUGCCGCACCAGCCUCAUCCUCUGUCCGAGCGCCGGUCCCGGGGCCCAGCCGGCGGCUCCGUCAUUCUUUCCUGAGAACCCGGGUCGAGGGCGCACCCCGCGGGAGACGCGCGCGGGCCGGCGAAGGGGAGUCAGCGGCCUCGCAGGUCUCCGCCCCCCGGGUUCUGAGCGCCGUGCGCGCCCCCUGCAGGUGGCAGGUGAGCGACGCGGUGUCCGCCCUCUGGGGCGCCCAGGCUGACCCCCAGGUUCACCCCGCGCUGCACCUGCUGCCCGCCCUCCUGAGUCGGCCGGGCGUCCUCGAAUUUGCCCAGGCGUCUGCUCCUCUGGCCACGGGGCCGCCGAGCUCCGCAGCACGCACGCGCCACAGCCAGACCCCAGAUCUGUUCCAGCGGACGCCCGAGCACGCCCGAGCACGCCCGAGCGUCCCUGACUGGCCGCGGGAGCCAAUCAAUGAACAAAAUUUUGAUGCGUACGUGACUACUUUGACGGACAUGUAUACAAAUCAAGAUCGUUAUCAGAGCCCAGAAAAUAAAGCUCUACUGGAAAAUAUAAAGCAGGCUGUGAGAGGAAUUCAGGAGGAUGGUGGAUGGUGGGGGCAAUAAAUGAGUGUUUUUGCAUUCCAAGGAAAUGGCAUAUGGACUAACUGUAAGAACUGAGAUAAGUGAUGUGUUGUAAGACAACAGCAAGCCACGGGAACUGGCGAACACGCCCGGCCGCUCGCACAGCACUGGACAGCCAGCGCGGGCAGCCCCGCCGAGGCCCCAGCGCCUGC